AAAACGAAAAUGAAACUAAAUGGGUUCAUAGAAAAUGAUUGAUCAAUAAUCUGAAUAAUUAAAGUAGCAGAAAACGCACUACACUUGCGUUCAAGAAUUUCAAAAUACGAAAUGGGGUACAAGGUUGUCAGUGCAGUGGUUUGUGUAAUAUCUGUCGUCAUAUUUAAAGCAUCCAGACGUUUUAUAAACUAUAUCUUUGAGAACAUUGGACAAGAUGAAAUUCGAUCAAAGAUGCAGGCAGUUCUCUACAAUGUGAAGGUAAGCGAGGUAGAUGCUACCAAAGUGGAACAACAGCUAAAUCAUUUCACAAAAUGGGAGGAGGGUUCCGAGGUGACACGAAUGGAAAGAAUUCCAGUAGAGAAGUUUCCCGAUUUCCUCGAUCAUCUGCAACACAUGUACGGGGAAAGUGGAGUCACAGACGCAGACAGAAGAAAAUGGAAUGGAAUCCAUUUUGCAGAGAAAUGGACGUCAAAGAUUAUUGAAUGGAAAUUCAACGCUGAUACGGCAGAGGCAUCUGGUGUUCAAGGAGCGCGAUAUGGAAUUAUUGCAUUUGCGAAAUCCUCUGAUGGAAAAUAUGUUGACUGUAUGUUAGCAAUUUACAAACUGGACUUUCGCUUAGCACCUAAACUAAUUCUCAAAGAAAAUUCUGUUCUUUGGGGAUUGUACGUAUGGUCGACCAUGGAAAAAGAGGAAAUUGAUAGAAGUAUAAGUAGGGAAGAAAUUGCAAAAUUCCAGAACUUCUUUCGAUAUAAAGCUCUAAAUGAAUUCAAAAGGGAAGGUAUCAUCGAUAAAAUUUCGUACACAAAUCGCCUGGAGUAUAAAUCAAACAAUUAAUGAGUUGCCUAUGAAUAUUACAGUCUACUCUGGAUAUAUUGAAAUUUAGGGGACCGACUGAAUUGUUCGUUAUAUCCCAUGUUCAAUAUAACCGAUGUUAAACUAUGUAGAUGUUUGGGGGAUUUAUUCUUAUUUCAGUAUAACAUUUAAGCGAUUCCAAUAUUAGUGGAUUAUACUGUAGUGAGACCAUCUUCGCUAGUCAAGUAUUAGAUCCGCUUCAAGUCGGAAUUUUAACGUCCAGAGUAAACUGAAUUUUGAUAGACGCAGAGAGAAGUAUCCGCAUCCAAUCAAAAUGCACCACACAUACGACCAUUUGUGCGAGAAUCAAGUACAACGGUAGCAAAAUUCUGUAUGUUGUGGCACCAAAAUUGCAGAACAAUAUUUACAAAAACUUUCGUUUUGAGCAUACCGGGUACAUGUGUAUUUGAUUGACAUACAUCAAAAGAACUAGAAACAUAUUCUGAUGAUAUACUUGAUACAAAACCUUUAAAAGUUGUCAGCUUUCUCACAUUGCUCCGACGAUUUACAAUGUGGUCACAUAAUGCCUUUGUAAUAUUUUUAAAAACAUUUCUUUCUUUCGAGUCCUCUGCUGGUGGACUGUUAGUCCCCGAGGAUCUCUACAGCCCAGUAGUUAAGUACUUCGUUACUAGCUUGAAAAUACGGAUGUAUAUUUAAUUGCUGUUAUAAAAUUUAGAAAUCCAUUUCAAAAUUAAGGAUUAUCUCCCUCAUGCAUAGCUCUUAUCCUUGGACGAAUUUGGCUCCACUUUUUUUGGCACGCUGUUUUUGGUUAUAUUUAGCUCUAAAACUUCAUAGUUAUUUCGGAUUUCAAACAUUUCGGUUGAGCAUCACUGAAGAGACAUUAUUUGUCGAAAUGCGCAUCUGGUGCAUCAAAAUUGGUACCGUAUAAGUUUUACAUUUAAUUGAUAAAGACUAUAAUGAUAGGGUAAUGAAUCAAAAGCUUCUGCAAUGAAACUGUUUAAUGAUAAGGACUAUAAUAAAAAUGGAAUAACCUGUCAUCCCUUUCGAAUAGAACGACCCAAGGAUAUAUAUACCGGGAUUCUGUUGCGUAAGGAUAAUGCUAGUGUAGCAGGGCCCUUACUGGGUAUUAUGCACUAUAAAUCUACACCAUCGUCGUAAGGAUCAUUCCACAACGGAAGCUUAGAGCGUUAACAGGUAAAAAUUAAAAACAGUGAAGGGAUAAUAAAGGAAGUAGUCCAAUAAGUGAAUUAGUGGUCCGAAUAGAGCCGAAGCUAUUUCAUUUGUCUUACACUAAGCUUACCAGGGUGCUUAACCAAAGACCACAGAACUGACCUUGUCAGGGAAAAUAGAUGGCACUGUGGAUGGUGGCUUGGAUAGGGCCGACCUGUCCCUAAUUCUGAUUAUUUAUUAGUAUGGAUGGUGGCUCGGAUAGGGCCGACCUGUCCCUAAUUCUGUUUAAUUAUUAGUAUGGAUGGUGGCUCGGAUAGGGCCGACCUGUCCCUAAUUCUGAUCAUUUAUUAGUGUGGAUGGUGGCUUGGAUAGGGCCGACCUGUCCCUAAUUCUGAUCAUUUAUUAGGGAAACUCUUUAUAUUUAUACUGUCCAUUAUAAAUUCAUUCUUUGAUUUCACCCAAGGUAGCUAGGGCUAACAAUAAGAAUAUAAAUCCAAGUGAUUGAGGAAAAUUGCUAUUAAACAAAGAAUAAGCGUUGAACUCACAAACACGUGUGGUCGUUACAAAUCUUGUCAAUCUGAAAAUUUUCGUACAUAAACACUGGGUACACCACUAUAAAACUGUUUGUUGUACAUGUAUUGUCAUUAGUUUAUAAGGAUGCUAUGCAAAUGAGCGUGAUUCAAUAUUACCCGUUAUCCGAUAGUUGGUGGUAUGCGGCGGUUACUAAACUGAAUAAAUCGGCCGAGGUGAAGAUUAGAGGAGCUGACUGAAACCCUUAACUAGCGAAGAUGUAGUCAAAUAUACGUCAAUGAAAAUAUUACAAUAUUGUGCUCUAACCUAAAAUUCUCGGAGAAAAUUUUCAUGAAUUUUUGCUUUCAAAAUUGUUUAAUUUCCUAUGUGUAUUGUAAGAAUAUGAUCGAGAGAGUGCUUGGAUAUAAUUUCCAUUUUUGUAUGUCAUCGAAAUUCAAUGUAUGAAAGGUGACUUCUUAAAUUUUGUGUGAAUUUUAAUUAAAAGUGUUAGGUGAAAGUAUUGUUGAACCUACUGUUCUACAUGUCCAUGUGGUAUGCACAAAACAAGCUGUUAUGUAUUGACAUCACUCUCUCUCUCUCUCUCUCUCUCUCUCUCUCUCUCUCUCUGCAAUUACUUUUUCACUUGUAAAACGUUUCUCAAUAAAAUUGAAAAGAAAUGAA